AUGCCCGCGCCCCCGCUUGCUUUGCCUACUGUUGAUGCUCUUCACUGCGCCUCGCCCGCCAUGAUGCCGCGCUGCUGCCCUGAUUGCUGCACUGCUCUGCUUACGAUGCUGCUCGCUACUGCUAUUGCUGAUGGCAGCCCACCGCCGCGCCCGCCGGCGUGCAUCCCAGCCGCGCCGCCCGCACGAGCCUCAUUGGUGCCUGCCGCGCCGUGGCCCGCCGCCCCGUUGUCCCGCGCUCCGCCUUUGACCUGUGGCUGCGCCUCGCCGCCGGCCACCCCCCUCCGCUUUCCUGCACCUCACCCCGCCCUCCGCUACUCGCUCCGCUGCAGCCCGCCGCCCGCAGCCUGGCCGCUCCUUGCUCCGGCCGACUGCGCCCCGCGCCCGUGCCCCUCGUCGUGGCUCCGGCUAGCCGCGCCGGCGCCGCCCCUUCCGCGGCUUCGCCCGCUGUAUGAUGCACUUGGGUUCGGCCCCUGGGGCACGCGCCCGUGCCCGUUACACCCGCACACCCGGCUGGCCUCAGUGGGCCAAUGA